AUGCAGUUUGCAUUUAACUAUUUCAUUGUUUAUUUAAUUAUUUCUAUAUUCAAGGCAAAUAAUGUUGAUGCAGAGGUGAUACCGAAUAAAAUACCAUCAUUUGAUAAUCAAACGAUAUCAGAUGAUCAGAAAAUAUACCUCGAUUCUACAGCACUGAUGAAACCUUCUGAAGAUACCGAAAAUAGCCAACAGAUUUCCACAUUUCAUUCCAAUAAUACCCGUGAUAUGGAUGAACUAGGAACUGCUUCACUAACACAACUACCAGAUCAGUUAGAAAAUUCUGCACCAAAAGAAGAAGUCAUAACGGAACGGAAAAAAAGUUCAACAAGCAAUGAUAUUAAUACGGAACGGAAAGAAUCGAUUACUAUCAGUGAAAAGGCUAGCAUUGAUUCAUCAAAUCAUGUAUACGAUACACAACAGUAUCCUACUAUAUCUGAAACUGAAUCAACAGUACAUUAUGAUACAAGUUCAUAUUACGAAAGUGUAGAGAGACAGAUUGGUGAUAUCACUGAAUCGACAAAUCUUCAACAAACAGACGAUAGUAUGUUUUAUCAGCAACCAAGAGAACAUGAACAAUAUAAUUAUUCUUACAAUGAACAACAGACUCAAAGCUUUGGUGAAGUCCAGAAUGUACAGCACGAUUACGGUACGACACCGUAUCAAGAUUAUGAACAACAGCAGCAGAGUAAAACAUUUACAAGUUAUCAAAACUAUGACCGAAUGAAUUACGCAACAGAAUAUCAGAGCUAUAAUGAACAGUCAACUAUGAGUCAAGAUUACACACAGCAACCGAUAGCAGUGCAGCACUACGGUCAGCAGUCUACUGCGUUAUCUGAUUACGAUACUUCACAGUACGACCAGUCACAAGGAUAUGGUUAUGAUAGCUACAAUGCUUACGCAGCAUCUUAUGUACCAUCAACAGAUAGCCAAAAUUAUGUCAAUCAAAGUGGUUCGGAUUCCUAUACAGGUGUUGUCGAAGAAACAACCAGCGAUUACGGUAUUCAACAUUACCAGGAUCAUGCUGAAGAAAAUCCUGUUAUGUCUAUCCAUGCUAGCGAUGGCUAUCGACCUACCGUGAUACCACAAUACAUUGCACCAUUAUUUCCAACCGUAAUUAGCUCGGAACCAAAUCCAUUUUCUUGGGAAGCACAAGAAAGUAAAGCAGCAGCAAUGAUUACAGAACCUUUAUCACAACAUGUUAUCCAAUCAUCAAAGUUAUCUCCGACAGAAAUAUAUCAACAAAAAGAAAUACCAACAGAAAGUGAUAGUGGCGUUGAAAUUGUUGAGGAAGUGAAGCGAAAACCACCAUUACGACCUGCUCCACCAUCACCAUCUGUUGAACGUUCAAUACCACCAACACGACCUCCAAUGCCACUUUCAACAAAACCAAAAUAUUCUACUGAAUCACCAUUGCAUCAGGAAUUACCGCUCAAACUGACAGAAUCAGAACCGGAAGAAGAUGCUUGGACGCAAUUUAAAAAAUUAACAGAAAAAGCUACAACAGCAGUUAAAUCAACUGAAGAAAAAUUGAAAGAAUUGGAAAAGACAACAGCUGCCAAAGAUCUCAAGGAUGAAAGUUACCUCGCACAGAUUGGUGGUUCUCAAGCAUACAUACCGGAACAUGCCUAUAAGCAAGCACGAGAGCAGGGAUCUUUAACUGCACCAGUAAAAGAGAAGAAGACAAUGAAAUAUGGGAAAUCGAAGAAAAUGCCGACACCGGAAUUGACAUUAGAACAAGUGGAUGAUAUGGAUCGAGCUGCUAUGGAGCUUGUUAAGAAGAUGGCUGCUACAAGAGUUGAUCUACAGGAUUGGAAGCCACCAACAGAACAACAACAAGAUCCAUCAACUCGGAACCAGAUACCAAACGAAUCAUCUGAUGAAAUCCAAGAGCCAAAUAAUCGAACUUGGACUGGUUUUGAUGAAUCACAGUCGGCUGAAUUACCACCAUCUGAAUCAGGUUUCUUCGCAAAUGCUUCGGCAGUUCCAGUUUCACCGGACAAAGCAUUUGGUAAUUCGAGUACUGUGUCUGGUGAAGAAAAAGCUUCGAUCAAUGACCAUUUAAUUGACGAGGACUAUGAUCCAUUCAACGUAUGUUCUGCGGAUGAUUUGGUUAAAGAAGCAAAAGCACGAGCUGCUGCAGCAAUUGCUGCAGAAGAAACUGCAGGAGAUAUUAAUUUCUUUGCUACUGCUAAAGUAAUCGAACAAAAAAGUGACGUUAGUUCACCAACUCAAGAAGGUGGUAGUCCAGCAAGUUCACGACCUGCUGGAUUUGAUGAUGAAUUCCGAGUGGAAGAUGAUGCAAUUAGUACGCCAAGUCCAUUGUAUGAUGAAGAUGAUAGUGAGCAGUUAACUGAUUUUCCAGCUAAAUUUACCGGUGAUGGUUGGGAAAUGAUGAUCCGAUAUCCGAUAAAGAAAAAAAUUAUGAGUGAUCGUUAUUGGAAGCCAUGUUACGUGAGAUUACGUGACAAUACUCUUUUCUUGUUCAAUUCAAAAACUGAACAAAAAUCAUUCAUGGAAAUUUUAUUACAGGCGACUUAUUCUCUUUCGGAUCCGACAUUGCAAGCAUAUGAUGUUUACGGUAAAAUUCAUACGGUGAAAUUGCAAUUUGUUGCAUACAAAGAACGAGUUGGCAUUAGACCAGGACAAAUUUCACGACUGGUAGAAGGACAUGUGACAAAAUAUGGUUUACCAUUGGAACAUUCGGCGCAAUGUACCGUACUACUAAAAUUUGGAUCGUUAAAUGCAGCGGAAUUGUUCACAUUUGUUGCUACUAUUGAAGAUAUCCUCUUUCGAUGUGUAGCUGUACGAAACAAUGCGCCUCUAUAUAAGCAAGAUGAAAUUCAGAUUCACUGUUACGAUGAAUAUGCUGCUCAUGUGGAUAAAUUCAAUAUUCUGAGCAAUCAAAAAGCUCGUGUACGAUUAUUCUGUCUUGCAUUCGUUUCCGGAUCACCUAUACUUGAAAUUGGUCUUAAUGAUCGUCGCAGACAAGGAAAGGAAAUAGUUCGUCGGAAAGAUAUUUUACCGAUGUAUACCGAAAGAUGGAUACGGUUUGAAAAUCUUGAAUUUCACAAUACGGUUGAGCAGGAAACUUUUGAAAAGGAACAGGUGAUUCGACUUUCACCCCCUGAUGGAUGCUUUUUUGAGGUGAUGAGAUUUCGUGUAAGGCCACCAAAAAAUCGCGAGAAACCAUUAACAGUGAGAUGUGUGAUGAAAAUUGCUGGUUCCAAGGUUGAAAUUCGAAUUGAAGCUAUGGCAGCAGCACAAACAGAGAAAGCAAAAGGUGGUCUGAGUAAUAAACGUCAAGUACCCUGUGAAGAUAUUCAAAUUCGUUUUCCAGUACCGGAAGCAUGGAUUUAUUUAUUCCGUGAAGAACGACGAUGGGGUGUUGGAUCGGUACAUGCAAAAGUGAGACGUCCGGGUAAAGUUAAGAAUCUCAAAGAUCGUCUAAUGGGUACGGUACAAAAUGUUGACAAUUCACUCAUCGAAGCAGCUAUUGGUGAAGCAAAAUAUGAACAUGUUUUUCGAGCUUUAGUAUGGCGUAUUCCACGUCUUCCAGAAAAAUAUCACGCUGCAUAUAGGGAGCAUUUAUUACGUUGUCGUUUUGAACUUUCAUCAUUUGAUCUAAUGCCUGAAACAUUUACACCAACAUGUGAUGUGGAAUUUACAAUGCCACUUGCAAUGAUCAGUAAUACAGUGGUACGAUCAAUAAGCGUUGAACAACAUGAAGAUAGCGAUCGGGUGGAAAAAUUCGUACGAUAUGUGGCAAAGUGUACAUACAAAGUUGAAAUAGAUUAUGUUCAAUGCUCUGAUUUGGACACUGAUGCUAUAUUUGAUCCAACUGUAGCUAAUCCGGCAGCCAAUCAGGAAAAUAUACUUGAACCCCAUAAAGCGAUGUUUAAUCCAGAGGAAGUGAAAGAAUUACAUGGAGGAUACAGGAUCGAUUUUUCCGAUGCAGAAAUUGGUGCUAAAAGGCAUAAUGGUGCGGACUCAAGUAGUGAUGAAGAGGAGGAUCAAAAAACAGUGCCAAUGAUUCAGAUCGAUCCGAAAGGAUACAGUUACUAA